CUUCAUGAAUACUUUAUUGGAUGUAAAGUAAUUUUAGACAAUUGAAUGUACAAUCUCUGGCAGACAUGAGACUGUAGUUAUAGAGUCAUAGAUGUCUACAGCAUGGAAAAAGACCCUUUGGCCCAUCAAGUCUGCACCGGUCAAAAACAACUGCCUAAGUAUCCUAAUCUCAUUUUCCAGCACUUGGCCCAUAGCCUUGUAUACCUUGAUGUUGCAAGUGUACUAUUAUAUACCUUUUAAAUGAAAUGAGGGUUUCUGCCUCUAACACCUUACAGGCAGUGAGUCUUGCAUCAUUUGAUUUACGUACAAAUAACUGGAUGAAGUCUUCAGUAAAACCUAGAAAGAUCUUCUGGCAUAAAAAGCCUGAAAAAUUAAGUCUGUUUAUCUCUGUAUUGAUACUGCCAGAUCUGCUGAGUGAUUGUCUCAUUUGCUGCCUUUAUUUCAGAUUUCCAGCUUCUGCAGCAACGGCCCAAAGUUACUAAAUAUACAGUAUCCUUUUCCACUUUUAAGUAUUCUCUGCCAUGUUCUUACUGUCUGAAGAAAUAUGCAAACAAAAAUCAGGACCGUGGUAAAGUCAUAAAGUUGAAACGUGAUAUUUAUCUUGCGGUGGUGAAACAUAAGAGCGAGUGUCUUUGCAACAUCAAAAGCUCCCUGUUUGACAAUGCGGGAAGUGAACAGUUGCCUUCAGAUUUUUCAGCGCUGCUGUGUGGAAAGUCGAUUCGUCACAUCUUGAGCUCCUUCCUUCUCAGCGUUUCUCUCUCCUUUGGUGUGCCAUUGGAAGGGGCAGCUACUGAGUUCCCGGUGAACUUCAGGCCCCCGCACUCCCGGUUUGUGCCCACGUGGCCCUGAUGCGGAGGGAGUGGGCAGGCCGGAUAACCACACGUCCAUGGGCCUGGCUCUGACCAACGCGGCCGCUAAGAGGUCCAAGCGGGGCGAGGCGGAGGGGGUCGCUCGGCGUGGCUGCUACCCUCCCUUUCCUGGCUGUGCCCGCCGCCCGCCUGAGGCCAUCCGCGAGCGGCAGGCACGCGGGGGCACAGCUGGCACCAGGACCAACACUUCAACUUGACUGGUGCCCCUUCCCUUUGCUUCAGACCCGAGCUGGAGUCCAUUCGCCGCUCGGCUGUAAUCCUGACUGGCAAGUCAGUCAUGGUGACAAUGAAAUGUGUACGCCGGGAGGGGGAGGAAUUAGGUAGGCCGCUGUAGUCGUGGCAACCGAUGGCCCGUCGUUAAGGAAGUGACGUCGACGAGCCCCCGGAUGUCGGUGUCCGUUGAUGGUCGGUGACCGGAGAAGGGGAGUUCGUGACAGAGGGGUGUCUUUGAAUCUCGAACCGUCAUUUGUCCGGCUCCACGCGCGCCGGGGCUUGCGGGAGGACCAUGAUCCGCUGGCAAAUCCCGGCGACCUGGGUAUGGCGUGGGAAGAAAACCGCACAUGGACGCUUCCCAAAGCCUGGAUACUGAGGGCAGGGAGCUGGGAGUAGGAUCUCUUUGCUGACAGCGUAGGUAUUUUAAGGGUGGCACUGUGGCUCAGUGGAUUCCACGGCUGCCUCGCAGCGUCAGGGACCCGGUUUCGAUUGCAAGCCUUGGGCGACUCUCUUGUGUGGAGAUUUACACGUCCUCCCCUCGUCUGUGUGAAUUUUCUCCCACAGUCCAAAGAUGUCCAGGUGAGGUGGAUGGGCCAUGCUAAAAAUUGCCCCGUAUUGUCCAGGGAUGUGCAGAGGAAUGUGAACACGUGUUUCUAAGAGGUUCUGCAUUCUCCUGAUCUGUUACAUUGGUGGCUAUGAUGGCAGCUAAAUACUUGCUUGGAACGAGUACAUUUCACUGGAUGUGAAUUUGUGGAUCACGUGAGGGGUAACAAAUCCAAUCCCUCAUUAUCGCUUAUAAGCAAACCACAGGUCAUUCAUGAGUGCGUUGAUUUCUAUGUGGGACUUGGGAGCCAUCAGUACUGUCAAAUUCAUACAAAAUACAGAAUGGUAAGAUGGGAGGAAUAAUUUAAAUUGUGGAAAAAUGGCAGCAAAUCAAUUGAAUGAGACUUUGGUGGCGACUUCGCACAGUGAUAGACCAGAAAAUGCUCCCACUGAAGAACAGACUAAUCCUGAGCUCUGCACUUGGACAUGCCCAGAUGGUUCCUUUGUGAAGAAAAUUCUACAGAGAGGUAGUGGCCUCGACAAGCCCAAAGAAGGUUCAAAGUGUCGUGUUUGUGUGGAAGUGACACCCUCCGGCCAUUUUGAUGCAGGGACCCAUUUCCAAAAUGGGAUCAAUGAGUCCGUUGAGCUGAUUCUUGGCGAAAGCGAUACGCAAUUUGUGGAAUUGAUUGAGAAAUGUAUUGAGACGAUGCUUUUGGGAGAGCAAUGUGAGGUAAUCCCUGCUCCAGACUUGAUGAAAACAUUCACAGACUGCAGAGAAGGACUGAGAUUGGUUGUGAAGCUAGAGGAGUUCAGUCUGCAGCGGGACUCCUGGGAAAUGGGAUUUGAGGAAAAAUGGCACAUGGCUAUGCAUCACAAAGGCAAAGCCACCGAGCAUUUUAAAAGUGGGAAUCUCUUUGGAGCUGCACAACGUUAUGCAAAAUCACUGAAGCUGCUGGUGACUCUGAAAUAUGAUGUGCCUCCUGAGAAAACAAAGGAGUACGACCAGGCUAGAAAGGCCUUGUACUCGAACCUGGCAGCCUGCCAGAUAAAACAGAAGCAGUACAGAAAUGUCAUCCACAACUGCUCAAAGGCACUGGAGAUUGAGCCAGACUCUGUGAAAUGCCUGUACCGAAGGGGUCAGGCCUAUGCUGCCAUUAAUGAGUUUGACAAAGCCAAAAGUGAUUUGAAGCAAGUGCUGAAAUUCGAACCGGGAAACACUGCUGCUGCGAGGCAACUUAGAGUUCUUAAUGAACAGGUCAAGGCACAAAAUGAAAAAAUGGGCAAAGCAAUGAGUAAGCUGUUCAUCUGAGAGUGUACACAUCAGGAUACAUUGGGAAAAAAAAAAAAAAUUCUGUUUCAUUGUCAGAAUAGCACUUGACCA